AUACAUUAACAUACGAAAUUAGUAAAAUAUCCACGAAAAUAUAAAUAAAAUAAACACAUUAUACCUUUACCUUAACCCUCUCCCACUGUUGGCUGCCGCUGGAGACUGGAGAGAAUCCGUGAGUUUUGCCGCCGCAGUUACGCUGCCCAAAAUCGCAUUUGGUAGAGUGGCAUCCACCUGUUGUGGUGGAAUUAUUUUGGUUCAUCUUUGGUGCAGAGUGAGUGAGAGGCGUCAAUCUGAAUGGGUUAUUUUCACUAUGGAAGACAGGGUGUUAGGCACAUAUUUAGAUUUAAAAGUGCGACGGGCGUGGUUAGAAAUUCUGUUAGGUCUCAAUUGACUUGUGCUGUCACUGCAUUUUCCUCCGAUUUCCCUUUUCUCUUGAAGAGUCUCUAUUCCACUACUUCGGACUCGAGAAUAGUUCAGGACCUUCUGAGUCAGGUGGAGAAGGACAGGCUCAGGGAGAAAAAUGAGAGAACGAGGCUGGGUUUGGACACUGCCGACAUCGAUGCCGAGUACGAAGAGGACUACAUGCGCGUUGGCCCUCUCAUUGACAAGCUUCGAAAGGAGAGUCUCAAGGAUGACCCCGAAUUGAACCGCUAUGAAGAGCCAACAGAUUCCGACAGCGAUGAGGAAGACAAUGAGGAGGUCCAGAAGAGGUUUCGUGAUUUCGAGAGGAAGUUUGAGAAGCACCAGGACUUGCUCAAGGGCUUUACUGAUGCUGAAACGCUUGACGAUGCCUUCAAGUGGAUGAACAAGAUUGACAAGUUUGAACAGAAACAUUUCAGGCUUCGCCCUGAGUACAGGGUCAUUGGGGAGCUCAUGAACCGCCUCAAAGUAGCGACUGAGAUAAGGGAAAAGUUCAUUCUGCAGAACAAGCUUAAUAGGGCCUUGAGAUUGGUGCAGUGGAAGGAAGCUUAUGAUCCUGAUAACCCUGCCAAUUAUGGUAUCAUUCAACAUGAAAAUGCGGAUACACUGCAAGAUGCUGGCUUUGAAAAGGAGCAGCAAAUCACAGAAGGAGAUAAUGCUCCUGCUGCUGUUGAUGACGAUGAUGAAGAAGAGUUUGAUGACUUGAAAGAAAAAGAUAGUGUGCUACUGGCCAAACUUGAAGCUAUUGACAAGAAACUUGAGGAGAAGCUAGCAGAACUUGAAUAUACAUUUGGGAGGAAGGGUAAGGCUCUAGAGGAAGAGAUCAAAGAUCUUGCAGAGGAGAGAAAUGAGUUAACUGAGGAAAAAAGAAAGCCUCUUUAUCGAAAGGGUUUUGAUGUAAAAAUGAUAGACAUGAACCGAACUUGUAAAGUUACAAAGGGAGGGCAAGUUAUUAAGUAUACUGCUAUGGUAGCUUGUGGCAACUAUAAUGGUGUUAUCGGUUUUGCCAAAGCCAAAGGCCCUGCAGUCCCAGUUGCCCUUCAAAAGGCAUAUGAGAAAUGCUUUCAAAAUUUGCAUUAUGUAGAGCGACAUGAGGAGCAUACAAUUGCACAUGCAGUACAAACAUCUUAUAAGAAGACUAAGGUGUAUCUCUGGCCUGCUCCCACAACAACUGGUAUGAAAGCUGGCAGAAUAGUCCAAAACAUACUGCAUUUAGCUGGUUUUAAGAAUGUCAAGUCAAAGGUCAUUGGUUCCCGAAAUCCUCAUAAUACAGUUAAGGCUGUCUUCAAAGCGCUUAAUGCGGUUGAAACGCCAAGGGAUGUGCAAGAGAAGUUUGGCAGGACUGUGGUUGAGAGCUAUCUGUUGUGAUGGGCACGGCAGUUUAGUGGUUUUGGUUGUCCUCCGUCGAAUCUCUUUUUUUCCUACAUUUCAUGUGUAUUUACCAAGAAUUCAUGAUAGUUUCCCCAAUCCAUUACUUAUGAACAUUAGGUAUGGAAUUUUGCCUAUAUUUAACUUCUCUGUCAUAAACGCAAUAGGAACAAUAAUUUAGGAGGGUUCCUUUUGCUUUAUGUGUUUUUCCUUACUUUUCGAGGCAUUCUUCCCACACCCGUUUAGCCACUUUUUUCUGCCUUUUAGUUUUGUUAAAGUAUUUAUUUGAGAAGACGGCCUUGCCGCAUACAAUUCUCUAUCCCACAAUCACGCCUUUAACAGGACAGUCAAAAGUGAGAACACUCGAUGUAUCAUGUUUGGCAAAAUACACAUGAGCCAUUAUAUUUCUACAAUGAUUUUGAUUGGAAACUUAGU